UCAGCGGACUGCAGCAGAGCCGCACACGCCUCUGAAAACCGGAAUAUAUUGGCAAGUGGACGGAGACUGCUGCUGUUUUCGAAGUGGAAUUUCUGAGAGAAAAUAAACCCCACAAAAGCCAGAGAGAGUGAAGUUUCAACGGCGAAAACAUAACACUUUGUUUUGUGGUAUGUGUUUUAGUUUCCAGCGUCUCUCCAGUGAAGUACAUUUCAACCAGCGGCUCCUACGGCUUCUCAGUUCCUCCCCCGAAACUCCACCAAAAUACUUGUUCUAAACUCUUGGUCUAGCCACAUUGGAGGAUAUUACCACACUUUGUUUUAUUGUUCUCUCUGAGCCCAGCUGUGUUUGCUGUCCAGCCUGGAUAAAACUUUACUAUGGAUGAACCUCUUAAAGGGACAAUUGACUGCAGCUGAAUAUCUUCACUAGCAUCAGGACCAUGUGGCAAAGUUUGCUUACAGGAGUCCACCUUCUUUUCUGAAGUUGUUGUGAAGCUUUGUGCCGAACCAUCAAGACUACAGGAUGACCGAGGCGUGUUCCCCUGUGGUCAAAGUGGAUCUCAUCAGAAGCAUCAUACAGCGGAUCAUCAUAAGCUUCCCAAAACGAAGACUUGGAUUGUAAUUUUUUUGUGCUCUCAUUUAACUUUUUAUUUUUUUGCAUUGCAAAGACUUUUAAAUUGCAGAUAAAGUAAAAGAGACUUCUAUAUGAGCUGCAGAAAUGCUCUAGAAACCCAUGUGUAGCAAGACAGCUGCUGCAGCUCGUGGAAUUACGUAGCCCCAGACUGUUGGGGACUCACUCCUUCAGGGGCCAAGGGAUCUGAUCCCAGCCCCAACCUGCCCUGUCAUCUGACCAUCCCACCUGUCUGAAGGCAGACCCCGCUGUCCAAUGGCAUGGGUCAAGUUCUUCAGGAAGCCGGGGGGGAAUUUGGGGAAAUCGUACCAGCCGGGGAGCAUGCUGUCUCUUGCCCCCACCAAAGGAUUGCUGAAUGAGCCAGGCCAGAACAGCUGCUUCCUCAACAGUGCUGUGCAGGUACUAUGGCAGCUGGACAUUUUCAGACGCAGCUUGCGGCAGCUACCUGGACACUUCUGUUUAGGAGAAUCGUGCAUCUUUUGUGCGUUAAAGGGCAUUUUCUCCCAGUUCCAGCACAGUCGGGAGCGAGCCCUGCCCUCUGACAACCUGCGUCACGCCUUGGCAGAGACCUUUAAGGACGAGCAGCGCUUCCAGCUGGGCUUCAUGGAUGAUGCCGCAGAGUGCUUUGAGAACAUACUAGAGAGGAUCCACCUGCACAUUGUGCCUGAGGAGACAGAUGCCUGCACUUCAAAGUCUUGCAUCACGCAUCAGAAGUUUGCUAUGUCACUUUAUGAGCAGUCUGUGUGCCAUAGCUGUGGGGCAACUUCCGACCCACUGCCGUUUACUGAGCUGGUGCAUUAUGUCUCUACCACCGCACUCUGUCAACAGACGCUGCAGCGCAGAGACGAGUCUUUCGGGGAUCUGUUACAAGCAGCAAGUACGAUAGGGGACCUUCGUAACUGUCCAAGCAACUGUGGCCAGAGGAUUAAUAUCAGACGGGUCCUCAUGAACUCCCCAGAGAUAGUUACCAUAGGCUUCGUCUGGGACUCUGACCAGUCUGACCUCACUGAGGAUGUUAUCCGCUCGCUUGGACCUCAUCUCAGUCUCUCUGCACUCUUCUACAGGGUAACAGAUGAACAUGCCAAAAAGGGAGAGCUGCUGCUCGUUGGGAUGAUCUGCUAUUCCAGCCGCCACUACUGUGCCUUUGCAUUCCACACCAAAUCUUCCAAAUGGGUCUUCUUUGACGAUGCAACAGUGAAAGAGAUCGGCUCCAGGUGGAAAGAUGUGGUCAGCAAAUGUAUCAAAGGUCAUUUCCAGCCUCUCCUCCUCUUUUACUCCAACCCUGACGGGAGUGCUAUCACCGCGGCUGAUGCCUCAAGACAAAACAGCAGCCAGUCCCAAGUGCAAGGCCUUGAAUCUCCAGUGCCAGCCCCUAAGAAACUGGACCUCACCAGGGAGAAUCUGAAUGCUCUGUUGAGCCAAGGCUCUUUCAAACAGAAGACCCCUUCAACCUUCAGCAGGGGCAGCGCUCAGACCAGCGGAGGACGGGGACCAGUGAAAAUUGCCACCAGUGAUCCCAAGAGUCGCCUCAGGGAGAUUUCUCGAGAAGUUGCCCAGAGAGCAGGAGAGGUGAGGGGGAUGCAUCAGUCCAGAAGAGAACCAGAUAGGAGUGGUCAACGGAGGCUGGAUUCUCGUUACAGAGAUCCAGGUCAGGACAGGACCUACUCCCGCUCUGCCUCCCCUCCAGAGAAUGGCUUCAAACAACACCUGGAGACUCGACUGUACAGUAGCCAAGGAAAAGGUCCCACUCGGGCUGAGCGAACACCCCAUUUUGGCGGUCGGUCCUCCCAUGAACCCUCUCGCUCUCACUCCAGAGUCCAAGUGCUACCCACUGUGCCCAGUGCCAGCAGUGGCCAUCAUAGCCGGAGACUAGACCAGCUGUCCAACGGAUAUGAUACUGACAGCAGCCAAGACUCCAGAGAGCGUCCUGGAAGUGGAGGGAACAGUCGCAACAGCAGGUCUAGCCGCCCGUGGAAGCCCAUGCGGGAGGCGCUAAAUGUGGACAGCGUUUUAAGUGCCAUCGGUGAUGGUAAUUCAGUAAGUCAGGAGCGAAGGCAGCACAGCCCCCGGAGAAGACCAAGCAGUCAGUCACCCUCCCGUGACCGAGAGCGAGACAGAGAUUUUACGUGGGGAGGGCGGGAAGAACGUAAACCCAAGAGCUUGAUGACCAUCUAUGAGGACGAGCAGAGGCAUGAAACUGGUGGCAGCCGAAGCUCGCUGGACUCAGAUGGCCGGGGCGGCUACAGUGACAAGGACAGGUCAAAGGGCUCAGCAACUCUGAAAGUGCGGAAUGACAACUGGAAGAUCCAACGAACUGAAUCUGGAUAUGAAAGUAGUGACAGACUAAGCAAUGGCUCAGCAAAUCUUGACUCACCUGUGGUAGAGAACCUUUCUUCCAAGGACCUGCGGCCCAUACCUGAACUGCACCUGACAAGGGAUCACUUCCCUCAGAAAAGCAGUGAUGAUUUGAAGGCUGACAUACUGCGCUCUACAUUUUCCACUGGUGAACAAGGAAGAAAAUCUCCAGAUCUACAAGAUGCAAACAUCCUCUCUGGUCAGCCCAUACAAAGAAGAAGAGCCUUCCGAUACACUCCUGGGAUCUUAGAAAAGAACAAUGGUCUGGACAGCGAACAAGAGGAAAAUGUGGAUAGUAGCCCUGUGAGCCCUGUGCCUCCUUACUUAGCAAAGACCAGCAGUUCUGAGUGGAACAGCUCAGAUGACCUUACUGGACCUUUCUCGGAACAAGAAGAGACUGGCACUGUUGCCCACAUAGACUCUUUCAUGCACAACCACCCCCCCCCUUUACCCCCCAAGACCUUUGGCAGCAGUCACACUGACCCAUCUGGCGUCCACUCCCAACCCCGGGAGGUGCCAACACGGUCGAGCCCCCGCAAUGAACCCAAAAAUGGCUCAUCCCCCCUCUCGCACACCACCCUCCGUCGGUGGAUUGAGACACCUGCCGAGCACAGGCUUUCAUCCGGCGCCAGCUCCAAGUCGGGGUCAUCGGACCAAGACAGGAAUGAUCUGUCGGCCAGUGAGAGCGACGAGAGGUUACCCAGUCCAAAGCCUGGACACGAUGAUGGUACCGACUCCCCUACUCUGUCAGAUAUGGUUCUACCCACCACCUACUUUUCUGUGGACAACUGUAUGACAGACACUUACCGGGCCAAAUACCAUAAGAGGCCUGCCUUGUACAUGAAAGCAGAGGACCAUGCGUCAUCAGGGGAGAGUGAUGCUGAAGGGAGAGGGCUCUCUUUGCAAGAUGUUCAGCCACCGGAGCCUUCCAAAAGCCGAUCAGAAUCAGGCUUUUCUACCACUAAGACUACUGCAAAGUGGAAUCCAGUUACUCCAAAAGGACUUGAUGAGCAUGGUUUCCUAUGAUUUAAACAACAGCAUUAAUAGACCUUGACUGGAUGCCCAAUGGAAUUGUUAUGCACUAUGACUGCUACAUGGUUUGACUCCUUCUAACUGGGAUGUGUAUUUGUUUGUUAUAACAGAAAGUUUGACACGAACUGGAUGCCAAAGAGAUUGUAAAAGAACGACAGGUGUCCUUAAUAGCUGUCAGGCUGUUUUGGUAUGAACUACUAAAAGCUUUGAAUGAAAAGUGAAUUUGCACAAUAGAUAGCACCAGAAAGGUACAGAAAAAGAAACACGCCUAAAACAUCAUGCUUGUGCUUUUAGAGCUCAAAAGUAAAGGUUAGGUUUGUAAAGAAUGUGUCAUAAAACGUCACUUUACCACACAAGAGAUUAAAAGAUUUAUUUUACGUGACGAAAUAACCAAUGUUUUGCAGUUCUACUUUCUCACACUCUAUGGAAUGCUUUAUUUGUGUGUUCAACUACUCCCAUUUCAGUGUUAUGAGGUGUCU